GUUGUUGACAAACAAAUAACACAGCUUUGCUUUUUCUCUACUCUCUCUCGCUCUAAACCUUUUUUUAUUCUUAUUUCUCAUUUUCUGAAUUUAUAAUUUUUCGUUUCAGACAACAAAUCCCCUUAUCAUUGAAACCAAAAAUGCUCUUCAAAUAGCAUCGCAGAAGACUAGAAACCACCCCAAAUAAAAGGGAAAAAAAAGGGCGAAGACUUAAAGCUUUUUCAACUCUGAUUCCACAAAAUCCAAUUCUUUUUUUAGGAUCUCCAAGAAGAACAAGAAAAAUUAAAUCUUAACACUGAGACGACGUUUUUCGCUUGAACUUGAAAGGGGGUUAUGGAGAGUUCCGUUGUGGGAGAAAGGAGUGGUCGCGUGCCACUGUCAGAGGUGGUGGCAGAUUGUGUGAAGCGGUGGUUUAGAGAUGCUCUGAAAGAGGCCAAGACAGGGGACAUAAACAUGCAAGUGUUGGUGGGUCAGAUGUACUACAGUGGCUAUGGGGUUCCCAGAGAUGCUCAGAAGGGAAGAGUUUGGCUAACCAAGGCAUCAAGGACUAGAUCUUCGGUUUGGAAAGUAGGUGAUAAGCACCCAGGUUAUAAUGCUAGUGACUCUGAUUCCGAUGAACUGAAGGAGGAUUCUUAAGCAACUUAAUUUGCCUACAUGGCUAAAAAUGUGAAAGGCCAUACUUAUGCAGCCAUGGUGGGAUGUUCAUGUAACUUGCAGCUUUACAUGUAGUUGUUGAUAUGUGUAUGAUUUGCUACUCUAAUUUUGUUUUUCUAGAGGGGUAGAAAAAUGGGUUAACCGUCUUAGUUUGGUGAACAAAUGUGAAAACUUUUGGGUCUCUCGACUAGCACGUUAAUUACUUAAUUAGUUUGCUGUUUACUUAAGUUAAAUUUGUCUUUAUUUUCGAUGGUUAAAAUACGUCCCCAUUAUGGUGAGUUUGAGUUUAAGAAGUUAAGUUUCGAUCAUUUA